CUGCGACAGAGAGACAGACAGACGGAAAGACAGACAGACAGACAGACAGACAGACAGACAGCGAGAGAGCGGAGUUGGUUGGAACAUCUCGGACUUCCCAAAGCAAACCAAAAACAAUCCCGGGUGCGCCCCCUUCGUCUUCUCCGCUAGCAGACGUACCCCCCUCCUGUUAUCUUCGCUCGCCUGUGGACUUAUUGUCGUCGUGAGGGGGGGACUUUGUUGACUGGAUUUAAAUCACCCACCGGGAGAAGAUGUCCGGGUGUGAAGUGCUCCCCGGAGAAAGUGUGCCUUGCUCGGAGCUCACAGAGGCCAGCAGCGGCUUGUAGCAAGCAGUUAGCUCCGCCAGCUAGCGUUAGCAUGCUAGCGCACAGGUGUCUUCUUAACGCAGCAAAUAAGCAAACGUGUAGCUCCACCUGCUAAGUAGCGGGUUUCUGUUCUCAAUGAAAAGACUUUAUAUCGACUAAAUGUGCCUGGAAUAAUUGUGUUCCGUAGCUAAUUAGCCACUUUGUUAUUAGCCAUUAGCUUUCUAGUGUUUACACCUAGCCUCGUUAGCCGCCAAGCUAGCGAGCUGAGUAGUAGCUCCAUGUGCUGUUCAUUCCUAAUGUAGCUCAUUUUGCCCUCUUUAUUGUACAACUCUGGGCUAGCAUAGUAAAGCACCGCAGUAGCCAGCCCGGAGCUCCCCCUGCCGCGUCUGCCCUGGACUGAACCUCCCACAAAACGGAGCUAACAAUCCGCCGGGGCCGAUGCUGACAGUUCAGGCCGGAGCACGGCAACGCCAGGAGCCGCCACCCCCGCCGCGAUGCAACCCCAGCAGAUCUACGACUUUUCCAGUGACGACAACAGUCACAAGUGGAGAGGCCUUUUCGUGCAAGCUUUACGAAAGGUGCAGAAGCAGGUCCACCCGAACCUCCUGGCGAAGGAGGACGCCCUCCAGCACAUCGAGGAGCUGAUCCUGCAGCUGCUCAACAUGCUGUGUGUGGCGCAGCCUCGCUCGGUGCAGGACGUGGAGGAGCGAGUCCAGAAGACCUUCCCCCACCCGAUAGACAAGUGGGCCAUCGCCGACGCUCAGUCGGCCAUUGAGAAACGAAAGCGGAGGAAUCCGUUACUUCUCCCCGUGGACAAGAUACACCCGCUGCUUAAGGAGGUUCUGGGCUACAGAGUGGACUACCAUGUGUCUUUGUACAUCGUGGCAGUUCUGGAGUACAUAUCGGCGGACAUUUUGAAGCUGGCAGGCAACUACGUGGGCAAUAUUCGGCACUACGAGAUCAGCCAGCAGGACAUUAAAGUGUCCAUGUGUGCAGACAAGGUGUUGAUGGACAUGUUCGACCAGGAGGAGGACAUCGGUCUGAUGUCGCAGUGCACCGACGAGCCCUCGUCGUCAGGCGAGCUAACGUACGACGACCUGGUGAGGCUGGAGAUUGCAGAGGAGCGUCAGUACCUGCGGGAACUGGACCUCAUCAUCAAGGUGUUCCGCCACCACUUCCUGUCUAACUCCAAGAUCUUCACGCCUCAGGAUGUGGAAGUGAUCUUCAGCAACAUCCUGGACAUCCACGAGCUGACUGUGAAGCUGCUGGGCCUGAUCGAGGACGCCGUGGAGAUGACGGCCGACGGCAGCCCGCAUCCGCUGGUGGGCAGCUGCUUCGAGGACCUCGCCGAGGAGCAGGCGUUCGACCCCUACGAGACGCUGUCCCAGGACAUCCUCAGCAGGGACUUCCACGAGCACUUCAACAACCUGAUGGCCCGACCCACCGCGGGCCUCUACUUCCAGUCCGUAGCAGAAGGCUUCAAAGAAGCCGUCCAGUACAUCCUUCCGCAGCUUAUGAUGGUGCCCGUGUACCACUGCAUGCACUACUUUGAGCUCCUGCAGCAACUCCAGGAGCGCAGUGAAGACCAGGACGACAGGGAAUGUCUCAAACAGGCCAUCACGGCGCUGCUCAACCUGCAGUGCAGCGUGGAGCGUAUCUAUGCCAAACAGCAGCCCAGGCGAAAACCCGGGGAGCCCAUGUACCGCCUGUACAGCCGGCAGGUUCGUAGCAAACAGCUCGCCAUCAAGCGCAUGAACGAGAUCCAGAAGAGCAUUGACGGCUGGGAAGGCAAGGACAUCGGCCAGUGCUGCAGCGAGUUCAUCCUGGAGGGCCCGCUGCUGCGAGCCGGCGCCAAGCACGAGCGGCACAACUUCCUCUUUGACGGCCUCAUGAUCAGCUGCAAAGCCAACCAGAGCUCCCGGCUGCCGGGCUCGGGCAGCGGCGCCGAGUACCGCCUAAAAGAGAAGUUUGUGCUCCGGAAGGUUCGCAUUGUGGACCGCGAGGACUCGCCCGAGCUCCGGCACACUUUCGAACUGAUCGGGAAGGACGAGAACUGCGCCGUGUUCUGCGCGCGCACCGCCGAGGAGAAGGCGGCCUGGAUGGCGGCGCUGGUGACCCUCCAGUACCGUUCCACGCUGGACCGCAUGUUGGAUACCAUGCUGCAGCACGAGGAGCGGGCGCACCCGCUGAGGCUGCCCUCGCCCGAGGUGUACCGCUUCGCCGUGCAGGACUCGGAGGAGAAUAUCGUGUUUGAGGACAAAGUGCAGAGCAAAACGGGGAUCCCCAUCAUCAAGGCGGGCACGGUGGGCAAACUCAUCGAGAGACUCACCUACCACAUGUAUGCUGAUCCAAACUUUGUGCGCACCUUUCUGACCACGUAUCGAUCCUUCUGCAAACCGCAGGAGCUACUCACGCUGCUGAUUGACAGGAUCGAGAUCCCCGAGCCUGAGCCCACCGAGGAAGACCGGCAGGCCCUCUGGAACGGCGACCAGCCCAUGGCGGCCGAGCUCCAGAGGUUCCGGAAGGAAUACGUGCAGCCGGUGCAGCUCAGGGUUCUCAACGUUUUCCGCCAAUGGGUGGAGCAUCAUUUCUACGACUUUGAAAACGACCCCGAGUUGAGAAGUCGACUGGAGGAAUACAUCACGAGCAAGAUCCAGCUGCGAGGGAAGUCCAUGAGAAAAUGGGUGGAGUCCAUCAACAAGAUCAUCAAACGCAAGCUGCAGACACAGUCCAACGGCGUCAGUCACAACAUCACCUUCGAGAGCCCGCCUCCGCCCAUCGAGUGGCACAUCUGCCGGGCCGGCCAAGUGGACUCCUUCGACCUCAUGACGCUCCAUCCCAUUGAGAUCGCACGUCAGCUGACUCUGCUGGAGUCGGAGCUCUACAGAGCUGUGCGCCCGUCGGAGCUGGUUGGCAGCGUCUGGACCAAAGAAGACAAAGAGAAGAACUCGCCUAACUUGCUCCGAAUGAUCCGACACACCACCAACCUCACGUUGUGGUUUGAGAAGUGUAUCGUGGAGACCAUGAACCUGGAGGAGCGAGUGGCGGUGUUGACACGCGUCAUCGAGAUUUUACAAGUUUUUCAGGAGCUCAACAACUUCAACGGCGUGCUGGAGGUGGUCAGUGCCAUCAACUCUGUCCCCGUCUACAGACUGGACCACACCUUCGAGGCGAUACCGGAGAGGAAGAAGAAAAUCCUGGAGGACGCAGUAGAACUGAGUCAAGACCAUUUCAAGAAGUACUUAGCCAAGCUAAAGUCCAUAAACCCGCCCUGCGUGCCUUUCUUUGGUAUCUACCUGACCAACAUCCUGAAGACGGAGGAAGGCAACCCGGACUUCCUGAAGCGCCACGGAAAAGAGCUGAUCAACUUCAGCAAGAGGAGGAAAGUGGCCGAAAUCACAGGCGAGAUCCAGCAGUACCAGAACCAGCCCUACUGCCUUAAAGUGGAGCACGACAUACGGAGGUUCUUCGAGAAUUUGAACCCGAUGGGAAGCAGGAGUGAGAAGGAGUUUGCCGACUACUUAUUCAACAUGUCCAUGGACAUCGAACCCAGGAACUGCAGACAACCGCCCCGCUUUCCCAGGAAGACCGCCUACACGCUGAAAUCGCCCGGCAUCCGCCCCUUGCGAACGUCUACCUCCGGCACCCUGAGGGGGCACCCGGUGCCCCUGGAGAGGGAGCCGCCCCACAAGAUCACCUUCCGGAGUAUCGCUGAGACCGAGCCGCCCGAGACGCCGGCGUCCGCCUCCGUGCCCACCUCCCCGAACACACCCACCCCGCCGCAGUCGGCGUCAUCCGACCUCAGCUCGGUCUUCACGGAGCACGACCUCAGCAGCUCCUAUGGCGGUUCCAACUCAAUUUUUGCUCCGGUUCUCCUGCCGCCUUCAAAGUUCCAGUCUGUGUCCUGCGGAAGCCUGCACCAGCUCGGAGAGGAGCUGCUGAAGCCGCCGCCCCUACCGCCACGAAGGAAAGACACCAUGUCUGAAGCCAAACUCAGUCCCAGGUCCGACAGCCCCCCAGCCAUCCCUCCCCGGCUGCCCCCGCCGCUUCCCAGGAACCAACCGCGGACACCGGCUUACAACGGCCCCCUGGACGGGCCCCUGCCCAGCCCUCCGCCGCCGCCACCACGCGACCCUCUUCCCGAUACGCCGCCGCCCGUUCCCCAGCGGCCUCCGGAGAGCUUCAUCAACUACCCCCUCAAUCUCCAGCCCUCCCCCAUGGGGCGCUACCACUGGGACUUCGGCAGCUCUCCCAGCUCGCCCAACACACCGCCCAGCACGCCGUCGCCCCGUUUCCCUCGGCGGGUUUGUGCGCUCAGCGCUAGCCAGAACAGCCUGUGUCCGCUGCCGGCCCCCAUCGCCGCCGCCGCCGCCGCCCCGCCCGUGCCCCCGCGCCACAACUCCAGCCCGCAGCUUCCAAAGCUGCCGCCAAAGACGUACAAGCGGGAGCUGCUGCCGCCGCCCCUGCAGGGCCUCUCGUUGGUGGAGAACAGCGACAGCAGCCAAUGAGGUGAGCCGCCAGCGCUACUGAUCACAUUUAACUCCGCCUCUGCAGCCACGCCCCCCCCGUCCCCCUACUCGCCGUGCAUCUCAGGGGUAGCUCCGCCUUCUUCACAAACCCUGUGUGCCAAUGAGACGCCGGCGUGCCCGCUCAUGAGGAGCGCCAAAACCUUUUUUGUUUGUUCGGUGGUUUAUUUGGGCCGGGACCAAAAAAAAAAAAAAAAAAAGUUCUCACUCUAGCCCCGCCUUACUUCACGUGUAGGGGGGGGCGGGGCCUCUGACUUUGUAGCUUCAACUGUUACUCUCCGCCACGCCAUCCGCUCCACUGGGAGCGGCGGCUGGAGCAGACUUCCUUUUCACUGAACGGUUGCCAAAGUCUUAUUUUAUGCGGAGGGGGGGUUGAAAAGGGAUUCCGUUUUUUUUUUUUUUUUUUUUAACGUGACAUUGAGACCCCGCCCACCU